UGUUGAUGUAAAAGGUAUGUUACAGCGCUUGUGCAUCAGUCAACACUUGACAAAAACCAUCAUCGCCAUUUCAAUGACAGCUCUGCCUGUCAAUGUUAGUUUGGUUUGAUAGUAUCAACUAUAACGUAGUGAAGCGAAUACACGACAGAAAAGAAAGUAAAAAACUUAAACUAAAAAUCUGAUUGUUUUAUGUGAAAUUUGUGUUAAAAUUCCAGAAGCAUGGCUGAUGCGGCAGCUCGUCAGUUACAGUAUGAAUAUAAAGCGAAUUCAAAUUUAGUUCUACAAGCGGAUGUUCGAUUGAUCGAAAGACCGCGUCGUGAUGAGGCGACCGGUGAAGUUUGUUCAUUGGUUGGCAAAUUGGAUGGAACCCGAAUGGGAGACCGAUACCAGCGUUCAAAGCCGGAAAAGACAGAGGAACGUAAAGCAAAGCGUCAGAAACGUGAUGAAGCCCAAUAUGAUUUUGAUCGAAUGAAAGGCGCCACUCUUUUGUCGGAAGGCAUUGAUGAGAUGGUUGGCAUUGUUUAUCGACCAAAAACACAAGAGACACGUCAAACAUACGAAGUGUUGCUGAGUUUUAUCCAAGAAGCACUCGGCGACCAGCCAAGAGACAUUCUGUGUGGUGCAGCCGAUGAAAUUUUGACCGUGCUUAAAAAUGACAAACUUAAAGAUCGCGAACGAAAGCGGGAAAUUGAUAGUUUGUUGGGCUCAGUGGCGGAUGAACGAUUCGCAUUGCUCGUGAAUUUGGGCAAGAAAAUCACCGAUUUUGGAUCGGACUCGGUUAAUACAAUCGGCACCGGCGAAGGUGAACAACUCGAUGAGACGUAUGGCAUUAAUGUACAGUUUGAAGAAUCGGAAGAUGAAAGCGAUGAGGAUGUUUUUGGUGAGGUUCGUGACGAUGAUGGGGAAGAUGAAGGUGAAGAAGCACGCAUUGAUAAUACAUUGCAUGCAGAAAAUCUCACCGGUACAAACGAUGAAGUCCACAAAAAAGAGCGUCCGUUGCACCCGCACGAUAUCGAUGCAUACUGGUUACAAAGAUGCCUGAGUAAGUACUACAACGAUGCCAUGAUCUCGCAGGCCAAAGCGAACGAAGUGUUGAGCAUUCUCAAAGAAACAGGCACUGAAAGUGAGUGUGAAAGUCGAUUGGUCUUGUUGCUCGGCUACGACAGUUUCGAUUUCAUCAAAAUCCUGAAGAAAAAUCGUGAAAUGAUUUUGUACUGCACACUUUUGGCAUCGUCGCAAAGUGAGUCGGAGCGUCAGAAGUUGCGUGAAACGAUGCGCGCCGAUGCAAAUUUGGCGAAAAUUUUGCGUCAAUUGGAGACUGGUAAAAAUGAUGACGAUGACAUGGAAGGUGGUGCAUCACGAGUGCAAAAACAAAAGGCAGACAAUGAAGAGGGUGGUGCAUCUGGUGCCGGUCAAGUUGUUGGUCAACGUCAAUUGCUCGAGUUAGACGAAUUGUCCUUUACACAAGGCAGCCAUUUCAUGGCAAAUAAACGUUGUCAAUUGCCCGAUGGUAGUUUCCGUAAGCAACGCAAGGGUUAUGAAGAAGUGCAUGUGCCAGCACUAAAGCCAAAACCAUUCGAUGACAACGAAUCACUGCAGCCAAUUGAUAAGCUACCAAAAUACGUUCAACCGGUAUUUGAUGGAUUUAAAUCAUUGAAUCGAAUCCAAAGUCGUUUGUGGCGUUCAGCAUUGGAAAGUGAUGAAAAUAUGCUGUUGUGUGCCCCAACCGGUGCUGGUAAAACAAAUGUUGCUUUGCUUUGUAUGAUGCGAGAAAUUGGCAAGCACAUCAAUGAUGAUGGAACCAUCAACACCGAUGAAUUCAAAAUUAUUUACGUCGCACCGAUGCGAUCACUUGUACAAGAAAUGGUUGGCAAUUUCGGACGCCGUUUGGCCAGUUACAAUUUAACCGUAUCCGAAUUGACUGGAGAUCAUCAGUUGACACGUGAACAAAUCGCAGCAACGCAGAUUAUUGUUUGCACACCGGAAAAAUGGGAUAUUAUUACGCGGAAGGGAGGCGAAAAAACAUUCACUUCAUUGGUUCGACUGGUAAUCAUUGACGAAAUCCAUUUGCUCCACGAUGAAAGAGGUCCAGUGCUUGAAGCACUCGUUGCUCGUACCAUUCGAAAUAUCGAAACAACGCAAGAAGAUGUGCGUUUAGUUGGAUUGUCUGCCACAUUGCCCAAUUAUCAAGAUGUAGCCACAUUCUUACGUGUUAACCUGGAUACCGGUCUAUUUUACUUUGAUAACAGUUUCCGGCCAGUUGCUCUGGAGCAACAGUAUAUUGGUGUCACCGAAAAGAAAGCAUUAAAACGAUUCCAAGUCAUGAAUGAAAUUGUUUAUGAGAAAAUUAUGGAGCAUGCAGGCAAGAAUCAAGUACUGGUCUUCGUACAUUCGAGAAAAGAAACGGGCAAAACAGCUAGAGCCAUUCGUGACAUGUGCUUGGAAAAAGAUACAUUGGGAAGCUUCUUGCGUGAAGGAUCCGCCAGUAUGGAGGUGUUACGAUCUGAAGCGGAACAAGUGAAGAACAAUGAAUUGAAAGAUCUAUUACCAUAUGGAUUCGCUAUCCAUCAUGCUGGUAUGACUCGUGUUGACCGAACAUUGGUCGAAGAUUUGUUUGCCGAUCGACACAUUCAAGUGCUUGUCUCAACGGCCACGCUGGCUUGGGGUGUAAAUCUUCCAGCUCACACGGUCAUAAUCAAGGGAACGCAGAUCUACAAUCCGGAAAAAGGACGAUGGGUUGAGCUAGGAGCAUUAGAUGUGCUACAAAUGUUGGGUCGAGCCGGUCGGCCACAGUACGAUACAAAAGGAGAAGGUAUUUUGAUUACGAACCACAGUGAACUUCAAUACUAUCUAUCGCUAUUGAAUCAACAACUUCCAAUCGAAAGUCAAAUGGUAUCGAAAAUGCCCGACAUGCUUAACGCAGAAAUCGUCUUGGGAACUGUUCAAAAUGUUCGUGAUGCCGUGAUUUGGUUGGGCUAUUCAUAUCUUUACGUGCGAAUGUUGAAACAGCCAACACUGUACGGUGUUUCGUAUGAUCGACUCAAAGAAGAUCCACAUCUUGAGCAAUUCCGUGCGGAUUUGGUGCAUACAGCUGCGUUGCAUUUGGAUCGUAGCGGUUUGGUUAAAUAUGAUCGAAAGAGUGGCCAAUUUCAAGUUACUGAACUCGGUCGAAUCGCUUCACAUUACUACUGCACACAUGAGACAAUGAUGACAUACAAUCAAUUGCUGAAGCCAACGUUGAGCGAAAUCGAACUGUUCCGUGUAUUUUCAUUGUCUGGCGAAUUCCGAAACAUCAAUGUACGUGAAGAGGAGAAAUUGGAGCUGCAAAAACUAAUGGAACGCGUCCCAAUUCCGAUCAAAGAAUCGAUCGAAGAGCCAUCGGCCAAAGUGAAUGUCUUAUUACAAGCGUACAUAUCACAACUGAAGCUCGAAGGUUUCGCACUGAUGUCGGACAUGGUCUAUGUAACACAGUCCGCAUCACGAUUAUUGCGUGCAAUCUAUGAGAUUGUACUGCAUCGUGGUUGGGCUCAAUUGGCCGAUAAAACUUUAACUCUAUGCAAAAUGGUGGAUCGUCGAAUGUGGCAAUCGAUGUCACCGUUGCGACAAUUCCGUAAAAUGCCCGAAGAGAUUGUGAAGAAAAUCGAAAAGAAAAACUUCCCAUGGGAUCGGUUGUAUGAUUUGGAACCAAAUGAAAUCGGUGAAUUGGUACGUGUACCGAAAUUGGGUAAGACAAUCCAUAAAUUUGUUCAUCAAUUCCCAAAAUUGGAGCUAUCCACACACAUUCAGCCGAUUACACGGUCAACGCUACGUGUUGAAUUGACAAUAACACCUGAUUUCCAAUGGGACGAAAAGGUGCACGGUCAAUCGGAAGGUUUUUGGAUUCUCAUCGAAGACGUUGACUCAGAAGUUAUAUUGCAUCAUGAAUUCUUUUUGCUCAAAGCAAAAUAUGCCGGCGAUGAACAUUUGGUGAAGUUUUUUGUACCCGUUUUUGAACCACUACCACCGCAGUAUUUCUUGCGAAUUGUGUCCGAUCGUUGGAUUGGCGCCGAAACACAGCUACCAAUUUCAUUCCGUCAUUUGAUUUUACCCGAGAAAAAUCUACCACCAACGGAAUUGCUUGACUUGCAACCACUACCCAUUUCGGCGCUCCGUAAUUCGAAAUUCGAAACAUUGUACAACAAUAAACGUGUGAAUUUCCCACAAUUUAACCCAAUUCAAACGCAAGUCUUCAAUGCGGUGUACAACAGUGACGAUAAUGUUUUCGUCGGAGCACCAACUGGUUCCGGCAAGACAACCAUCGCUGAGUUCGCUGUGCUACGUCUAUUCUCACAGCAAUCGGAUGGUCGAUGCGUGUAUUUGGUGUCAAAGGAAGCGUUAGCCGAUUUGGUGUUUGCCGAUUGGCAUGCCAAAUUCAGUUCGUUGCUUGGAAUUAAAGUGGUGAAACUAACCGGCGAAACCGGAACCGACUUAAAACUACUGGCUAAAGGUCAAAUUAUUAUCACAACGGCUGAUCGAUGGGACAUUCUAUCGCGUCGUUGGAAACAGCGAAAGAAUGUGCAAAACGUACAUCUGUUCAUCGUGGACGAGCUGCAAUUGAUCGGUGGUGAAGAGGGUCCCGUGUUGGAAGUUGUUUGUUCGCGUAUGCGUUAUAUUUCGUCGCAAAUUCACACAUCAAGCGAUCGUCAAAUUCGAAUUGUGGCUCUGUCAUCAUCAUUGGCCGAUGCUCGUGAUGUUGCUCAAUGGUUGGGCUGUAAUGCAAACUGCACAUUCAAUUUCCAUCCAAGUGUUCGACCAAUUCCACUUGAGUUGCAUGUGCAAGGCUUCAAUAUGACACAUAAUGCAUCGCGUAUUGCAUCGAUGUCGAAACCAGUUUACAAUGCCAUUGUUAAGCACAGUCCCAUUAAACCGGUCAUUGUGUUUGUGUCAUCACGGAAACAAGCUCGUUUAACAGCCAUCGAUAUUUUAACAUAUGCCGCAGCCGAAGCACAACCCAAUCGCUUCUUCCAUGCCGAAGAAUCAGACAUUGAACCAUUUUUGGAACACAUGACCGAUAAAACGCUGAAAGAGACAUUGUCACAAGGUGUUGCAUACAUUCAUGAAGGUUUAACCGCUUCAGAUCAUCGCAUCGUUGAACAAUUGUUUCAAACUGGAGCCAUUCAAAUUGCCGUAGUUACACGUGAACUGAGCUGGGGCAUUAGCAUUUCGGCUCAUUUGACCAUCAUCAUGGAUACACAGUACUAUAAUGGUAAGAAUCAUUCAUACGAAGAUUACCCAGUCACCGAUGUACUUCAGAUGAUUGGACGCGCCAAUCGGCCAAUUGAAGACCAUGAUGCCAAAUGUGUUUUGAUGUGUCAAACAUCGAAGAAAGAUUUCUUCAAGAAAUUCUUAAGCGAAAGUCUACCCAUUGAAAGUCAUUUGGAUCAUCGAAUGCACGAUCAUUUUAAUGCAGAGAUCGUCACGAAGACCAUCGAAAACAAGCAAGACGCUGUCGACUACCUGACAUGGACAUUCCUGUAUCGACGUCUCACACAAAACCCGAAUUAUUACAAUUUGCAAGGCGUUACACACAGACAUUUAUCGGAUCAUCUGUCCGAAUUGGUGGAGAACACACUCAACGACUUGGAACAAUCGAAAUGUAUCAGUAUUGAAGAUGGAAUGGACACAUUACCAUUAAACUUGGGCAUGAUUGCGGCAUACUACUACAUCAACUACACCACAAUUGAAUUGUUCAGCUUGUCGUUGAAUAGCAAAACGAAAAUCAGAGGUUUGCUCGAGAUCAUUUCGUCGGCUGCUGAAUAUGAAGACGUUGUUGUGCGACAUCACGAAGAGAACAUCCUUCGCAGCUUGGCUCAACGGUUGCCGAACAAAUUGUCCGGUCCGAAUGGUGCAUCACCAAAAUACAAUGAUCCACACAUCAAAACCAAUCUUUUGCUACAAGCUCAUCUGUCGCGUAUUCAGCUUGGUCCAGAAUUGCAAGGUGACACCGAACAAAUCCUUAGCAAAUCAAUUCGAUUGAUUCAAGCUUGUGUCGAUGUGCUCAGUUCAAAUGGAUGGCUAUCACCGGCUGUUGCAGCGAUGGAGCUCGCCCAGAUGGUGACCCAAGCAAUGUGGAGCAAAGAUUCAUAUCUCAAGCAAUUGCCACACUUUACUGCUGACAUCAUCAAGCGCUGCAAAGACCAGGAGAUCGAAACGGUCUUUGAUAUCUUGGAAUUGGAAGAUGACGAUCGUAUUCAAUUGUUGCAAUUGGACGAAAGUCAAAUGGCUGAUGUGGCCAGAUUCUGCAACCGGUAUCCAAACAUUGAGAUGAACUACGAAGUGGCUGACAAAGAUCGCUUGCAAUCCGGACAGACGGUUAACAUUGCCGUUCAUCUUGAACGAGAGGAUGAAGUUACUGGACCAGUCAUUGCACCGUUCUAUCCACAGAAACGCGAAGAAGGUUGGUGGGUUGUGGUUGGAGAUCCACGUUCAAAUUCGUUACUGUCCAUCAAACGAUUGACGCUGCAACAAAAGGCCAAAGUGAAAUUGGAUUUCAUUGCACCGAGCCCUGGACAUCACGAGUACACACUUUACUUCAUGAGCGACUCGUACUUGGGCUGCGAUCAAGAAUACAAAUUCUCCAUCGAUGUCAAUGAUUUCCAAUCGGAAAGUGACAGUGACUAGAGCUGCUGCACGCAAAUCUUUGACUACAAGCAUCCAAUUUUUUUUUUAGAUUUUAAUCUUUUUGUAAUAAAUACACAAAUUCAAUGUUUCGAUCAACAUUUAUUCGGGUCAUAUUGUGAGAAUAAAAGUAACAAUAUAUCAAAUUAGAAGAUAAAAAGAAAAAAAUGAAUUCAUUUGGAGGUUAGUUGACGUAUUCUUUCUGCUACCUUUUCUUUCAACACUAAAUUAAUCCACGUGAAUUCCAUAAAUUUGUUUUGCUUUAAUUUUUUAUCAUGAUGACCACUGCAGUGGCCAAUGGCCAAGUGUCAUUAUGUCUUGUUCAAUAGUACAACUAAAAAAUUGUUUUAGUAAAAAUACAAUUGUAGAGACAAAAACAAAAAAGAGAUAGAAGACUGAAACUUCUUAAGAUUAAAUUUUAAAAAGAAAA